UCAAACACGAGUCUGAGCGUGACACGUGUAAAAUCACGUCACAGCACAUAGUACAAGACACGGAACGGACCGACUUUACCGAUCAGAUCAGAAAAUCAUUUCACAAUGGACGGAUCACACAUUCUAGGAUUGCUAUUACUCUGUGGGAGUGCAUUCGCUGAGGACAAUGUCUUAGUGACAGCUGAGAGGCUGGGAGGUAAAACCCUUGGCACGUUGGUAAAGGAUGCGGAUUUGGUGGACACUCUUAGCGGCGAAGGACCUUUCACUGUGUUUGCCCCCGUGGACAAGGCGUUCAAAGCUUUGCCCCAGAGUGUCCUAGACAAACUGUCAGGCGACAAGGAGUUGCUGAAACAGGUACUGACCUAUCACGUGGUCAGUGGAAACGUCACAUCCGGCCAACUGAAGAACGACAUGGUCGUGGAUACCGUGGAAGGAAUGUCAAAACUGCGGGUCAACAUUUACGGUUCAAAGGUGACUGUUAACGGCGCCAGUGUGAUACUGGCGGACCAAUUCGCCACUAACGGUGUGGUACAUAUGAUAAACGAGGUCCUGUACCCACUUCCAACACAGUCCCUCCUGGAUUACGCCGCGGCCACGCCCUCAUUUUCCCAGCUCGUCUACAUCGUGUCGAUGGCUGAUCUUAUAGACUUCUUCAAAGGCGGACCCUUCACUCUGUUCGCUCCAACGGAUGCCGCAUUUGAUAAACUACCACCAGGACUCAUUAACGAACUCCUGCAGAACAAGACCGCCCUAGUCAAUGUACUGGAGUACCACGUCAUCCUAGGCACAGUGUACAGUGCCGGUCUCAGUAACAACCAAAGGGUGAAGGCCGCCAACGAACAGGAACUGACUGUCAAGAUUGAAGGAGCCAAUGUGAUAAUAAAUGACGCCAAGGUCACGACUGCUGACGUCACUGUAACGAAUGGUGUGAUCCACGUCAUCGAUACUGUCCUUCUCCCCCCAUCUUUAUCCGCCAGAUACAAAAGAUGAGAAAUAUAUCUUUGGCAACUGUAAAUAAAAACCUUUUUGUACUAAUAUUUGUAAAUAAAAUAACAUCAACUUAA